AUGGUUAGCUGUGACGACUGUGAACGGUGGUUUCAUUUUGACUGCGUCGGAGUUAACGCAGAUGUGGCCAACCACGAUUGGAGCUGUCAGGAAUGCAUCGUUGCCAGAGUUCCUGCUCCACGACCGCCGCAUCCACGAACUCCUACAGUUGAGCCUUUACUGCACCCGCAGUCACCAGUUCCACUUCUGCCCACACCGCAAACACCAAUCUCGCCGGUACCCUCACCACGACUGCAAACUCCGCGAACACCGAUCGGGCCACCGCGUAGUCCGUUGCCAAAUCCGCAACCACCUACACCACGUCCUCGGACACCACGAUUUCCAAAUCUGCAGCCACCAACCCCACGUCCACGUACUCCACGAACACCGAUUGUGCCACCGGAUGUGCCGCUAGUUCCCAGACAAGCCUUUGUUGAUCCCGAUCUAGUUAACAAACUUCCUACUGAGCUCCGGAUCCAGCUGUUGGAAGAAGAGGAAGCCAUCGAGCGCAAGUUUAUGUUACGUAGGUUUCAGCUUUUGCUUGACUCAUCAGCGAGUUUCAAACCUGUGGUUCAAGGCAACUGUAACAGAAGUGAUCCAGCACGUAACGAUGUAAGAGAUGAUCCUGUUUUUCAUUCGUCGCCUAUGAACGAUCAUCGUCGCAACAUUCCACCAUUUGCUCCACCUAUGGUCCACCAAAAUCGUAACGAGUCAACAUUCAUUCCGCGUCUGAGAGAGCAACAACUGUACGUCCCGGUUGACGUUCCACCUUUGGUCAACAAUCGACCCAAUUUUUCGGCCAUUGAUCCACCUCGAGUCAAUCAACAGCGGCAUAUACCGGCAGUUAAUCCAGCCUACCAACGACCCAAUGCUUCGACGUUUGCUCCUCCUCAGACCGACCAGCGUCCGCAUAUUCCAUUGUUUUCCCAGCCGAAUCACCAUCAGCACCAGAACGCUUCCGCGUUUGCCCCAUAUGUUGGUCUUCCGCGUCCUACUGCUCAAGUGAACCACCCAUAUGACUAUCAUGACUUUCCUUCCGCCAUGGGAGCAACGGCGCUGCUGAAUGGAAGCCAAAUCGCCGCUCGUCAUGCGGUCUCGAAGGAGUUACCAGUAUUCACCGGUGAACCAGAAGAGUGGCCGCUAUUCUUUGCGUCCUUUGAGAACACCACACACCUCUGCGGAUUUUCACCCGAAGAAAACAUGGUUCGUCUGCAGAAGUGCCUCAAAGGAAAAGCGCUGGAAGCGGUGAGAUGUCAGCUAUUGCACCCUAGCAACCUGGAACAAGUAAUCUCCACGCUAAAGAUGCUUUUUGGGCGUCCAGAAAUCAUAGUACAUUCACUGCUGCAGAAAAUUAAUAUUCUGCCUGCUCCCAAAGCGGAUCGUCUUGGUACGCUUGUUGAUUUCGCUUUGGCCGUGCGUAAUAUGGUGGCUACCGUUAAAGCCUGUCAAUUAGAGGAGCACCUAUGCAACCUCACUCUUCUGCACAGCUUAACUGAACGGCUUCCUCCGAUGAUUCGAUUGAAUUGGGCGACUCAUCGACAGUCUCUUCAUGCCGUGACGAUAUCAGAGUUCAGUGACUGGCUAUACAACCUAGCGGAAGCAGCUAGUACCGUGACAAUGCCACAGUUUUCAAGUUCAUUCGACAGCAAAUCUCAUCGCGGGCGGAAGGAUGAUGGAUUCUUGAACGCUCACACCGAAAUAGAUGCGAAGGUUAAGCAACCCGAAGUUAGCGGUGGUUGCCUCGUCUGCCAUGGAGAUUGCGUUGCAGUUGAGAAGUGCGAGAAAUUUCUGUCGUUCGGUCUUUCCGUUCGAUGGGACACACUCCGGGAGUACAAGCUAUGCCGUAGUUGCCUGGGCAACCAUCGUGGUCCCUGUAAGAUUGGAAAACUAUGUGGGAAGAAUGGCUGCCAGUACAAACAUCAUCGGCUUCUGCACAACGAUGCGAAGGAUAAACAAGAGACGUUGUCAUCCAGUUCGGACAACCGUGGUCCUCAGCUAGGAACCAAAAGUUCGCCAGAAACCGAAUCAUGCAACACGCAUCGUGGAGGAAAUAAAGCUGUAUUAUUCCAGUACAUUCCAGUUAUUUUGUACCACAAUGGAAUUGAGCUGCGUACACAUGCAUUCCUGGACAGUGGAUCUUCCCUGACAUUGAUGGAGGAGAGUUUGGCGAAAGAAUUGAACCUGCGAGGUGAGAAGUAUCCACUUUGUCUGCGCUGGACUGCUGAUACAUGCCGAUAUGAAAAAGAUGCCACAAUUGUCUCUUUGAGCAUCUCCGGCACGCACAGCAGUAGUAGCCAGCACAGCCUGUCGGAGGUCUACACUGUUAAAGAUCUGAAGCUUCCGUCACAAUCUCUUCCUGCACGUAAGCUGUCAGGAAAGUACGCUCAACUUAAGGGUCUGCCGAUAGAACCAUACAACAACGUUCGUCCAAAGCUAUUAAUCGGGAUGAGCAAUGUUAGGGUACUGCAUCCCCUAGAAGGCCGUGAAGGAAAGCUAGAUGAGCCUGUAGCAGUUAAGACACGUCUAGGUUGGACGGUCUAUGGCACUUGUCCGUCGGCAGGUGGUAUGGCAUCAGAUGAAACUCCACACAACUUCCAUAUCUGCUUCCAUUCUCACGGUUCGGACGAAAGUCUGCACGAAGCUGUCAAGAACUAUUUCGCACUUGACAGUUUAGGCAUCAGUGUGCAACGAAAUCAGCUACUCUCCAAGGAAGAUGAACGCGCUUUGGCAAAACUGCAAGAAACUACAUCCUUCAAGGACGGGCAAUACGAAGUAGGCCUACUCUGGAAAUUUGACGACGUGCGUUUGCCCAACAACCGAACCAUGGCAUUGAGACGUCACCGUUGCUUGACAAAGAGGAUGGAACGUGAGCCUGAUUUAUCAGAGACAUUGCGGGAAAAAAUGGCGGACUACGAGCGCAAAGGGUACAUUCGCAAACUCACACCCGAAGAGAGCCGAAAGACCGGAAAUCGAACAUGGUACCUGCCGAUAUUCCCGGUGUUCAACCCCAACAAACCAGGGAAAGUUCGGAUAGUGUUCGAUGCAGCCGCUUGUUUUGGAGGUGUCUCCCUGAAUUCUAUGUUGAUGAAAGGCCCAGAUCAAUUGAAUGAUCUUCCACCUGUGCUGUAUAAGUUUCGAGAAAGGUUGAUAGGCCUGGGAGGCGACUUAGCGGAGAUGUUUCAUCAGAUGCGGAUGAAAGCUGAAGAUGAAGAUAGUCAGCGGAUCGUGUGGUGCGCUAACGCAGACACAACAGAACCAUGUGACUACGUGAUGCAGGUGGUGACAUUCGGUGCUACAUGUUCACCCAGCACGGCACUCUUCGUCCUGAAUGAGAAUGCGACCCGGUUCACAAACGAGUAUCCUGCCGCCGUCAACGCUAUCCACCAUAGACACUACGUUGACGACAUGUUAACAAGCGUAGAAACGGAGGAAGAAGCUAUCAAAUUGGCGAACGAGGUUCGAUACGUUCACAAGCAGGGUGGAUUUCACAUGAGGAAUUGGGUUUCGAAUCCGCCGGCUGUGUUGGAAGCGCUAGGAGAGAACCUGAAGUCAGAGAAGUCUAUGGAGAUGAACGCUGAGAUCGGCAUGGAGAAGGUCCUUGGAAUGUGGUGGAGUACUACGUCCGAUGUCUUUCGUUACAAACUCUGUACGAGUCGCAACAAGGAGCUUCUCACUGGACGAAAGCACCCUACCAAACGGGACGUGCUCCGUACUUUGAUGGCUAUCUAUGAUCCUCUGGGGCUCAUCGCACAUUACUUGAUGUAUUUGAAGGUGCUGCUACAGGAGAUAUGGAGAGCGAGAACUGGAUGGGAUGAGGAGAUUGAGGAGAAUCAGCUGGAGAAGUGGUUAACCUGGCUGCGUAUAUUGCCGGAAUUGGAAUCAGUGACGAUCAAUCGCUGCUAUUAUCGCUACGAAGUGGGAAUUGAUCAAACCACUAUCGAACUGCAUACAUUCGUGGAUGCUAGCGAAAGUGGCUACGCUGCCGUGUCCUACUUUCGUUUCGAGGUGAACGGCCACGUGGAGUGCGCUCUAAUUGGAAGCAAGACAAGAGUUGCGCCCAUCAAGUUCGUCUCUAUCCCUCGGUUAGAACUCCAAGCGGCCGUCAUUGGUACGCGUUUGGCUCACAACAUCGCAGAAGGGCACUCCAUUAAAAUCCAUCGUCGUUACUUCUGGACGGAUGCACGGGACGUUAUGUGUUGGCUACAGUCCGACCACCGGCGUUAUUCCCAAUUCGUGGCCUUCCGUGUUGGUGAAAUACUGGAAGCGACAAACAUCACGGAGUGGAGCUGGUUGGGCACGAAGUACAACGUAGCCGACGACGGCACGAAAUGGAAGUUCAAACCAGACCUCAAGCCAACAAGCCGUUGGUUCACCGGACCGUCGUUCCUGUGGAGGCCAAAGAACGAAUGGCCAGAGUCGUCGCUGAUCGGUGAAGAAACCUGCACAGAGAUCCGACCGAGUAUGAUGCACCAUUCGGAAGGAAGGGUUCGUACAAUUUUGCUGCCGGAAAAUUUCUCUUCGUGGCAACGUUUGCAGCGCGUAACGGCCUAUGUUCAACGUUUCUUCGUCAAUCUCAGAAAGAAGAAAAAUAGAAAACCAUCGAUCGCCGGUCCGCUUACACAGGAAGAACUUUCUACGGCGGAGACGUUCCAAAUAAAGCGAGCACAGGAAGACGCCUACGGUGAAGAACUAGCGGUAUUAGCAGCGAGCAGACGGCUCCAUAAGAAGAAUUGCUUGUACAAACUGAACCCGUUCAUCGACGAUCUUGGUAUGACAGUGACAAGUACCCUAUUGUGCUUCCUCGAGCUCAUCCAGCAACGCAUCUUAUCGUCGCUAACGUACAUCAACAUUAUCAUCAUCAGUACCACGAAGCAUGCGUUAACCUAG